AUGCUGAGAAAGAGAAACACGAUAUGUUAUAAGGAAGAACAGUUUUUGUCAGCAACAGACUCGUCAUACAUUCCGUCUUCACGUAAUUCGAUGGUUUCCGAAGAUUAUAUGAGGAAAGCUUAUUAUAUGGAGUAUUUUGUCAGACCUGGUGUUAUCAAUUGGAUGCUAAAAGAAGACUCAAUGAGAUGGGUCGAAAACAAUAUUGACAUUUCUACUAUCUGUCAAGAGUAUCGUGCUAUGGUUAUUAAAAAAUGUGAAUCGAAAACAAUUACCAUUACUGCAAAUGAGGAGCUAGUGUUGAGUCAUAUUUUCCUGUUUCAAGAAGAACACCCAGAAGGACUUCAAGAAUAUUUCGAUGAUGAACUCUGGUCAAGUGUUUUUGUAAAGAUAAGGGAACAAUAUUCAUCCAAGCCAAUUCCUGAAACAGUGUACGAAAUAUUCACAAAAGUUAUUAAGCUUUCUUGUGAGUAUGGAAACCCGCAAGAGCGUCAAACAAAAAUAGAAGCAUAUCUAAAAGGGCUUGAGACCACUGAUAAACUUGAAAAGACAAUGUACAACAUUCUUUGGAAUCUGUAUGUUCUUAUUAAAUGUGUAUGUGUUUAUGUGGACUUGAGAAUCACAUUAACUAAAUAUGAUUAUUGUGCAUUACACAGUGCUGUUGAUGAUCGACAAUCUUCCUUCAAAGGAAAUUAUGCAGAGGACACAUUUACUCACAGUAUUGUCAGCCCGAUUAUUAAACCAUUUUUUACUAAUAAAAACACUAUAAUCGAAUGGUCAAGUAAGACGUCUAACUCAUCAAUGUGGUCAAAAAAACAGUUUGAUCCAACCUUCCAUGGUACAAAGCCAGAUCUUAUAAUCAGAACAAAUCUAAAUGAUUAUAUUGAACUGAUGUUUGGUGAAAUCAAGCCACCAAAUACAAAAGAGGACUUAAUAAAUGAAGAUUUGGUAUAUCUUGGGAAAACGAUGAAGGCUGCCCUUGAUAAAGCCAUUGAAGAUGGGCUUGAAGAUAUUGUUAUCUGUGGCAUACAAGUAGCUG